AUGCUGCAGCUCGGCGACGAGGUGAUGUAUUUCUCGGCGGUGUUCCUGGUGCUGAUGCUGGGCACCAGGAGCGCCACGGGGGCCUCGCUACUCACCGCGUUCCUCUACGUCUUCAUGGUGAUGUUCCGGUUCCCCCCGGUGCCGGCGGAGCAGGCCGGUCGCGUCCUCCGGCCCGGGGCUCCUCCGGGCGGCGUCCCGGUGGUCGCGCACCGCGGAGGGAGCCACGACGCACCGGAGAACACGCUGGCGGCGAUCAGAGAGGCCAGCAGGAACGGAGCCACCGGAGUGGAGCUGGACCUGAGCUUCACUGCCGACGGCGUGCCGGUGCUGAUGCAUGACGAGACUGUGGACCGCACCACCAACGGCUCCGGGCCACUUAGCAAACUGCAAAUUGUCCAACUGAGGAGAUUCGACGCUGCUGCUCAUCACAGACUGAAAGAGAAGUUCAGCGGAGAGAAGGUCCCGACUCUGCAGGAGGCCGUGGAGGAAUGCAUGAGACACCAGCUGACCAUCUUCUUUGACGUCAAAGGUCAACCUGACAAGGCUGCAUCAGUGCUUCGUGAGAUGUACAAGAAGUUUCCUGUCCUUUACAAUUCCAGUAUUGUUUCCUCAUUUGAACCCAAAGUUAUCUACAAGAUGCGUCAGACUGACCCCAACGUGGUCACGGCCCUGACCCACCGGCCCUGGAGACUGAGCCGCCUUGGCGAUAGCACUCCUCGGACCCAGUCCACGUGGGGUCAGCUCUGGACGGGGUUUCUGGACGUCUUGCUGGACUGGGCCCACCACCACAUCCUGUGGAAGCUUUGUGGAGUCUCUGCCAUCCUCGUGCAGAAAGACUUCAUCUCACUGGACUACGUUCAGUACUGGGCCGAGCGAGGUGUGGAGGUGGUGGGCUGGACCGUGAACACCGCUGUGGAGAAAAGCUUCUACCAAAACCUGCUGAAGAUCGGGUACAUCACCGACAGUUUGCUGGAAGACUGUGAUCCUCAUUACUGA